AUGGCUCGACCGUCUCAGGAAACCGCGACAAAGGGCAAGUCUCGCAAAACAGACGUCAACACGGCGCCGAUUCGAAAACGACGUAAGAGGACGGUAGUCAGCGGUGCCCCGGAUGACUGCUUUGCAUGCGCCAAACGGGGAGCCCGGUGCGACCGGCGUCGCCCGUAUUGCUCCCAAUGUCUCGAGAUGGGCCGUGAAUGUUCGGGAUAUAAAACCACCUUGACAUGGGGCGUCGGAGUGGCCAGUCGGGGGAAGUUGCGAGGCCAGAAGCUGCCGGUCAUGGAGACCGAGCCUGAAACCUCAGCGGCGGGCACAGGAAGAACACAACGAGGUGCAGCUACAAAUAGUCAGAGCCCCCCGUCGUCACAUAUCCCCCCCAAUCCGCCUUCAGUACCGGUCGCUGUCGCUGCAACAUCGUCAGUGGGAAUGGCGACGUCGUCGGCGACGGCGGCAGCGACCUCGAUGCCCGCUCCCGAACAAGCCAAUUCGAUCGAACCCACCGAUCCCCGAUAUGGCUUCCCCAUGUCGACACAUCCAGAGCUCUCAGCCAGCAUGGCGUGGGCCUGGGAUAUGCCUGAUCCACAUACAUGGUCCAAUGUGCCCGCUGCGCCUCCCCAAAUAUCGGGUCUCCCAAUCCCCAGCCGCCCGAUGAUGGUGAACCGGUCGAGCCCAAGUCUCACCUCGGAAAUGCCGAUGCAAUAUGCGUCAACCUUGAGUCCCGAAGCCAGCUUCAACAUGUCUACGUGGCCGGUCAGCAAUCAGAACUGGUCGGUAGCGAAUAUGAACUCCCGAACGGAUGAGGCGGAUGAAGAAGUCGAGCGUGACGAUUCCCAUCAAUCAAUACUUUGGGACUCGGGACACAGUCCGUCCUAUUCGCAGAUGCUACUGGCAAGAUCGGUCGGUCGAACUCCCCGUCUACGGUAUCUGAUCAGCUACUUUGCCGAAGUGAUCGCUCCGAUGAUCGUGGCCUUUGACACGCCGACCAACCCCUUUCGGAUUCAGAUGCUUCAUCUUGCUCAAGAUAGUCCAGCUCUUCAAGAAGCAAUCGCAACUCUGGCCACGAGCAAUCUUCGCCAGCGCCGAGAAAGAAAACACACCUCGACGGAGAGGACAUUGCCCGCCCGCAUGUCUUCGAUGGCCCAUCGGGCCUUGACCGAGGAAGCCUUCCAGGACCGAUACGGUAUCUCCGUGCCUGAAGGAUACGCUCGAGAGGAGAAUCACCAUCGUGGCAUGGCCGUGAAGGCUCUCAAUGCCGAUCUCGCCGAUCCCCAGCGCCGACUGUCGGACUCCGUGCUAGCCACCUUGCUUGUCCUUUCGCUUUUCCACGGUUGCGAUACUGGCGUGGCCGAAUUUCGAACCCAGUUUGAAGGGGUCACAAGACUGCUCGCCAUCCGCAUGCGCCAUUCACCUGUCAUUUCGGAUGAUCUGAAGUGGUUUAUCCGCAUGUUCUCCUGGUUUGACACCUUGACGGCGACGACCAAUGAUCGCGACGUGCAACUACGCGGCAAAUGCCUGGAAAUCAGCUCGAUUACAGAUGGCGAAUGGGGUCUUGAGAAUCUGGCUGGCUGUGACGGACGUCUGUUCAAAUUGAUUUCUCAACUCGGUCGUCUUAAUCUGUUGAGCCAGGACAAACAACCCACCGAGUCUCGCCCGGCCGAUGUCUCUGUUCCUACCGCCUCACUUCCUCCCAACAUGGUGUUCCCUGGCUGGAAUACCGUCGACAUGGACACUACAGCCGGCACCCAAUACGCGCAAGGGUACGAGCCCUCCGCCGGGAACAUGCCGCCAAGCAGUGACCAGACUGGGAGACCAUCCUCGGCGGCAUUCUGGACCGAGUGGUAUUCGCUCCGACAACGCCUCGAAUCCUGGAGAUUUGAUCCGCCGUCCGCGUCCCAAGCAUCAUUUUCUUCCCCCGCCCACGCGGGCUCCAGCACUCCCUGGCCAUCUUCAUCAUCGUUCGACCCGACCGCCGCUCCGGCUACCAUGGCUGUCUCGCCGAGCUAUCAAGUGGCCCCUGAAAACCUUCAUGAUGUGUAUCAAAUUUCAGAGUGCUUUCGCCACGCUGCCUUACUCUACUGCGAACGACUCGCCGAACCAAGCCUGCCAUCUAGUCAUCCACGGAUCCAGCAUCUUGUCCGCCUUGCCAUGCAUUGUCUUCGUACAGUCGAGUCUGACGUUUACCUCCUCUGGCCGUUGUUCAUCGUCGGAUCGGAAUGCGUGCAGGAGGAUCAUCGCGCCGCCAUCCGUGCUCGCUGCAAGGAUAUUUCCAAGGACUCUGGAUUUGUCAACAACCUCUCCUGUCUGGAACUCCUGGAAAAGAUCUGGGCAGAUCACUCGGACGAGUCUUCGUAUCCUGUCUAUGCACCUGGAAUGGGCCCUCCGCCACCGCGGGACGGUAGCGGGCGGCCGGCAUCAUCGCAAGCCUUUCGCUGGUCUCGAGCCAUGCAGGCGAAACGAGGAGACGGCGAGUACAUGGUCGUUUAA